AUGAUGUGCACAGACGUGAACAACGAUGGCAAAGUAGAUUAUAUGGAAUUCACUGAACGAUUCCAUAAUCCAGCCAGAGAUAUUGGUUUCAAUCUUGCUGUGCUGUUAAUCAAUCUCAAAGAACAUAUCACCAAUGAUCCUCGUCUGGAGAAAAUCAUCGAAAAAGCGAGCACACUGCUUGACUAUUUUGAUCCAUAUUUGGGACGAAUCGAGAUAAUGGGCUCGAGUAAACGAGUUGAGAAGAUUUACUUCGAAAUACAGGAGUCAUGGUUGGAGCAAUGGGGCAAACAACAGAUUAGAGAUUCAAAGAAUUCCUUCUUGUUCAACGUGCUACAAGAUGAUGGCGGUGAUCAGGGCAAACUGGAGGCUUUCAUAAAUUUCUGUGAGGAUACAAUCUUUGAGAUGCAACACGCAGCUGAGAUAAGUUCUGGGGAUGCGGCUGAUUCGAAAGUUGAGCGAGCGAUGAAACAAAGAGAUUACUUCUUACAGCAAACUUCACCAAGCGAACAACUCUCACGCACCAUCAAAACUGGUUACAACUAUGGUGUGUCGGCAGCAAGUGCAUUGAAACCAUCAAACGUGAGUAAAUCUCUGCAAAGUGCUGCCGCAAAAAUCAGAGCAAUGACAUGGGCGCAGUUGAUGUUCGAAGCGGCAAAACUGAUCAUUCGUGGUGGCUAUAAGCUGGGAAUAGCAUUGUAUUUGAUCGCUUGCACUAUCUACAGUUUUGGCUACUUCUUGAUGAUCAGUGGAAGAGAUGAAGAAGAAAGCGAACAGGCCGCACUACCGAUGCCUGAAAGUGCAACAUCACGUUUCCAAGCGCAACACUCCACCGAAAUUCCUUCAUAUCGGAAUCGUUCUCGCGAAUACGAUAUAUUCGGUGUGCAUGUGCAUCAUGACGUGGACCAGCAACCACCAUCGCCGAUGUCGCAAACCCACACUUCUGAAAAUGAGCUGGCUCCUCCAUCCCCAACGCCUCCUCCUGAAGGUGGCUUGCAAACUGCCACUCCAGUACCACAACAACAAGCUAGCGAUAUUCAAAGUGUUGGAUCAGCUGCAUUUGCAAACGUUGCAAUGUCUCAGGCUGGCUCAGAUUUUGACUCGUCAGCCGAUUUUUAUGAGCCAAAAAUCGCCGAACAAGGUUCAUCGAGAAGCAAGGGAUCGAUUAUGGUGAAGACACAUUUUGAUCGCCCAUUAAACUUUCGUAUUGUCCUCUUUUGA